CUGGGCGGGCUGGGCGGGACCGACCUCCUGCGCCGGGAGCGCAGCUCCGCCGCGGACUGCUCCAAGCUGCAGUCUCCGGAAGCCCGCUCGCCUCCCCGGCAGUCCUCGAGGCGUCUGGUCUGGAAAGGGUAAUUUCUUUCUCCCCUUCGGGACUGUGCUUGGAGAGGAAGGGUCAGAGGCGUCCUCGCGGGCUUUGAGAGUUAGUGGACGGGCCCAGCGCCCCUGCCUGGAGUAGCGCGUACCUGGGCUGGCCGUUCCACCACUCCAAAGCCACCCACCAACGACCUUGGACCUGUCCACCCCAGGCGAAUCCAGACCAUCUGGCUGGUUCUCCCCCGAUUUGGGCCGACUGUGCGCCUCCAAACAACCUUAGCAUGAUGUCUUAUCUUAAGCAACCGCCUUAUGCAGUCAAUGGGCUGAGUCUGACCACUUCGGGCAUGGACUUGCUGCACCCCUCCGUGGGCUAUCCAGGACUCUGGGCUUCUUGUCCUGCAGCCACCCCACGGAAACAGCGGCGGGAGAGGACAACCUUCACUCGGGCGCAGCUAGAUGUGCUGGAGGCGCUGUUCGCCAAGACCCGAUACCCAGACAUCUUCAUGCGUGAGGAAGUGGCACUGAAAAUCAACUUGCCUGAGUCCAGGGUGCAGGUGUGGUUUAAGAAUCGAAGAGCUAAGUGCCGCCAGCAACAGCAGCAACAGCAGAAUGGAGGUCAAAACAAAGUGAGACCUGCCAAAAAGAAGACUUCUCCAGCCCGGGAAGUGAGUUCAGAGAGUGGAACGAGUGGCCAGUUCACUCCCUCCUCUAGCACCUCAGUCCCGACCAUUGCCAGCAGCAGUGCUCCUGUGUCUAUCUGGAGCCCCGCCUCCAUCUCCCCACUGUCAGACCCCUUGUCCACCUCCUCCUCCUGCAUGCAGAGGUCCUAUCCCAUGACCUACACUCAGGCUUCAGGUUAUAGUCAAGGAUAUGCUGGCUCAACUUCCUACUUUGGGGGCAUGGACUGUGGAUCUUAUUUGACCCCUAUGCACCACCAGCUUCCUGGACCAGGGGCCACACUCAGUCCCAUGGGUACCAAUGCAGUCACCAGCCAUCUCAAUCAGUCCCCAGCUUCUCUUUCCACCCAGGGAUAUGGAGCUUCAAGCUUGGGUUUUAAUUCAACUACUGAUUGCUUGGAUUAUAAGGACCAAACUGCCUCCUGGAAGCUUAACUUCAAUGCUGACUGCUUGGAUUAUAAAGACCAGACAUCCUCGUGGAAAUUUCAGGUUUUGUGAAGACCUGUAGAACCUCUUUUUGUGGGUGAUUUUUAAAUAUGCUGGGCUGGACAUUCCAGUUUUAGCCAGGCAUUGGUUAAAAGCGUUAGAUGGGAUGAUGCUCAGACUCCUCUGAUCAAAGUUCUGGGAGGCGUAGAAGGAAAAGUGAAAGGCCUUAGAGGGGCCUGUCAACCAGCAACCUGAAAUGGACAAACCAGUCUACUUAAGAUCCUGUCAUAGUUUUAGAUCAUUGGUUUUCCUGAUUUGCAAAGUGAUUGAUCCAAUGCAUUCUAGCCAUGUGCAACCAAACACCACCAAAAAUAAAAUCAAACAAAAUUAAGUCGUGAGGGAAGGGAGGGAAGGUCAUAGCCUUUGUAAGCAGAGGUGAUCCAAUGUUUUAGCCAAUCCUUGGUUGAAUUUUAGGAAUGAACAGUGUCUCGAGCUCAUUCACGUUUCAUGACCAACUGGUAGUUGGCACUGAAAAACUUUUCAGGGCUGUGUGAAUUGUGCGACUGAUUGUCCUAGAUGCACUACUUUAUUUAAAAAUAAUGUUCAUAAGGAUUCAAUAUGUAGUUUAAGAGACAAUCAGUGUGUGUCCUAUAUAAAUGGUACAUCUGUGGUUCUUAAUCCGUGCUAGACUUCAAAACUGUGAUCUCCUGUUACUGUAUGCAACCUUGGGUCCCGCCUCUGCAGGGGCCCUUCUGUGAUUAAAUAGGUUAUAAUUAUAAGCAAAAUUCAGAGCAACUGAAUGAGUACAGAUCUAAAAAGAUUACCUUUGGCUGGAGGUGAGCUGCACUGAAACUUUACGACAACAUGUCUCUGGACAAGGAGAGUGAGAGAAGAGAAACAAAGGACACUCAUUCAUCUGUAACUUACUGUUGGUAAGCCUAGCAGUAAACAGACAUUGGUCAGUGGCUCUCACCCUGAUAAAUUUUUAAACUGAGAUCAUUGUUGUUUAUGCUUGCAGAUGUUAACUGGAAAAGUUAUAUAUGCAUAAACCUUUUCUUCCUGGAUUUGGCAGAUAUGUAUAAUUAUAUUAAAGUGGUUCUAGCACAA